UGUUUGUAGUGUUUCGCCCUUUGAAAUUCUUAGACGCUUAAAUUGGCGUUAUUGGUCAGUUUGUUUCCACAGCAUAAAUUAAACUGUUGAUUGGUCAGAAGUAAUGGGAGGGGACAGUGUUAUCUAAAAUAAGGGUAGCCUAUAUCGAUUGUUCCAAGGAAGGACAAAGUUAUAUAGCCCGCAAUUUUCUGUGUAUGAAAAUUACUAGGCAUAGCUAGACCUAUUACCACAGAUAAUGCGCAUUUAUGGAAAUUCACACUUGACUUUUAAUUAGGCUACUGUAUUGAUAAGCUGAUCCACUGUACUCUAUAUUUCUACUUCUAUCGAGGGAAACAUUAUCUCUGAGCAAUUAUUAAUAACAGACGAUGUUUUACUAUCCAAACGUUUUACAAUACCGCACAGGCUGUUUCUCUACUGUAUGGUUGGCAGCUACAAAAGCUAUCAAAAUUUCUCGGAGAGACUAUCUCAAAGUCAACGUUCAACGCACAUGCGAUGACAUCAUGGAUUACGUGCUGGUGCGGGCCCCGCCUCUCCAGCCGGGACUUCCCCGCCCCCGUUUCUCCCUGUACCUGUCCUUCCAGCUGCAGUAUGGCGUCAUCAUCGUCUACCACCGCCAAUGUGCCCUUUUACUGGAGGAGAUCCAGCACACCAUAGACAGACUGCUGCGCUCCGCCAAGACGCUCAAAAUUGACCUGGUGGAGCCCGACAGGCCGGCCCUAACUGUUCCUGAUGGUCUGUCCAUGUUGGAGGAAUGUGAGAGGGCCCAGGACCCCUUCUUUGGAGUGAUGGAGUACGCGAUGCCCAGCCCCAGUACGAUCAUGCAGGUAGCGUCACUCAGAGAAAGUCUAAACAAGUAAAGGCUCUGGAAAUAC